GUCACUGAAAGCUGUGAACACCGAUACAAAAUGAUGUGCUUUUAACCAAAUUCAUGUACCACCAUAAGUUGUAGCAAGUUUGAAAUAGUAAUACCACAUAGAUAUGAAAAUGUUGGAGGGAAUUGCCAUUCAUUCGUUCUUGCUGUUGUUCUUGUGUUUCCGAUUUAGAUAACUGAUUCCCAUCAUGGUAGAUCAGGUUCCGCCCCUAGUAACCACAUCCUGGUUGUCUCAGCACCUGGACUCCAAGAUGGAACCCUUGGUCAUCCUUGAUGCCACCUGGAACCCACGAGGCAAAUCAGGCAACGAGGAACACCAAGAGCAGCAUAUUCCUGGCAGCCUCUACUUCAAUCUGGAUGAAUGCAAAGACAAGGAAUCACACUUCAAAGUCACCCUUCCACGUCUAAACGAAUUUGAGGAUUACGUCUCCAAGCUAGGAAUUAGCAAUGGAACACGCGUGGUGGUCUACGAGAAUGACCCUCGCUACAAGGCAAAGACUUCUGCAAGGGUUUGGUGGAUGUUCCGAUAUUUUGGACACAGCAAGGUCUCUGUUUUGGAUGGUGGUCUUGAACAGUGGGUCAAAGAUGGGUUACCAGUGACAUCUGAUAAGACAGAGGAUCCUGUCAAGGCCAUGUUCAAGGCCAAUGUGCAGCUGCAACUACAAAAGACCUGUGAUGAAGUUCUUGAGGAUAUGAAGGAAGGGUCAGUCCAGCUUGUGGACACUCGACCAUCACAUUGGUUUGAUGGUACCAAGCCUAGCUUAUGGCCAGAUCUCAGGCUCGGAACCAUCCAUGGAGCCAAACACAUCAAUUUUGAAGAAUGCAUGGACAAACAUUCCACCAGAUUGAGACCUGCUGAUGAGCUCCAAGCACUCUUCACGUCAACUGGCAUCGACCUCUCCAAGCCUGUAACGACCACCUGCAAUGUCGGGGUUACUGCUUGCAUCGUAGCGAUGGCUGCGUUCCUACUGGGGAAGGAGGAUGUGGCUGUCUUUGACGGGUCCUGGGAUGAGUUCUCCCAAAAAGCACCUGAUAAUCUGGUCCACAUUAACAUAUAUAACAAAACCUGAUGCUAGUAGUACCGUUGAGGUUCUUAAGUCUUUACAGAUGUCACAUAAACAAUCUCCUGGUGCCAAAUUGUAUUUUUACCAAAUGCUUCAAGAUUAUUUAACUGUUUCCUGAAAAAGAUUAAUCUAUAUCAGUGUUUAAAUUCAUACACCUAAUCAAGACCAGAAAUUAGUGAUUUUGCAAAGCUAAUGUGUUGUAUAAAGCAAUCCUUCCAAAUUUUGUGCAGAAUUGCACAUGAGGCAAACAUGUGACUCUGCAGAGAAGCAAAGAAAGCAACCAAAAUGUUAUACACACCCCUGUUGAGAUAAAUACAAAAUA